GAAAGCACUAUCUUUUGAAGAAUUGUGGGGGAAUCCAACAGCGCGAAAGAUCUCAAAGGCCACAUACAACUUGUGGCUCACAAAUCUCCCCCUUUGAUGAUGUGGCAUUCCCCACCUCGUUAAACCCCACUACCAUUUCACCCUUCUGUUCUCAAAACUCCUCUUCCUCCCCCCUCCCUCCUCCUCGAUCAAACUCAAAAACCACACCAACUACAACAACAUACGCAAACACCCAAUCCACUUGGAACUCUGUGUCUUUGUGUCUUUCUUCGUUUCAAACACAAAGAGAGACUCUUUUAUUGGGUUUUAAUCAAAAUUACUAGAAUGUCUUCCGAGAGUGAAGGCCCCACGAUAAAGCUCUUUGGAAAGACCAUACCUUUGGCUUUGGCGCCACUGAACCAUGAGGCUUCUUCCGCCAUUGAUGAGUCUUGUGGAGCUGUUGAUUCUGAUAUUGCUGCCACUGCUUGUGGUGGUGGUGUUGAAGACUAUUCUGAUGACAAGCAAAAGCUUUCUUCUUCAGCUACUACUAAUUCGCUUGAAGGGAACUCAACGAGAGUGGACAAGGAAACAAUAUCAGAGAAGGAACUCACAGCUGAGAAGCAGGAAGAUGAUACGUCAGAGCAAAUCACAGAAGACUUAAAAGCUCCUACAACAUCAUCUGGAAUUAGCGAGAAUCCAAAAACGCCAUCAGUUGAUAGAGAAACUUCAUCUCUGAAAUCCUCUAAUAAUGGAGACCAGAGUGAGGCCAGUUGCUCACAAGAAAAGACUCUAAAGAAGCCAGACAAGAUACUUCCAUGUCCUCGAUGUAAUAGCAUGGACACCAAGUUCUGUUAUUAUAAUAAUUACAAUGUCAACCAGCCUCGCCAUUUCUGCAAGAACUGUCAGAGAUACUGGACUGCUGGAGGAAUCAUGAGGAAUGUGCCUGUGGGUGCUGGUCGUCGCAAGAAUAAAAACUCUUCAGCUUCACAAUAUCGUCACAUGUUAAUGUCAGAUGCUCUGCAAACAGCUCGUGCUAGUGCUGCAAAUGGUGCACACAACACUACUUUGGGAAGCAAUGGAACUGUCCUUACCUUUGGUUCGGAUUCUCCUCUUUGUGAAUCAAUGGCUUCUGUAUUGAACCUUGCAGAGCAAGCACAAAAUUGUACUCAAAGUGGGUUCCAUAGGCCUGAACAAAGAAUUGGGGUUUCUUCCAUACCAGGAGAUAAUAGGGAUGCCCACUCAAGUGGAUCUUCUAUUACAGCUUCAAAUUCAUCAGAGAGGGGAGGCAAAGUUGGUUUAGAAGAGCCAGCGAUUAAAAGCUGUCAAAGCUUCCCUCCUCAAGUACCAUGCUUUCCAGGCUCCCCUUGGCCUUAUCCAUGGAACUCAGCUCAGUGGCCCUCUGGAAUGCCUCCACCUCCUUUCUGCCAUUCAGGCUUUCCAAUAUCAUUCUACCCUGCACCACCAUAUUGGGGCUGCACUGUGCCGGACUCUUGGAAUUUACCAAGUCUCUCCUCACCAUCCUCUACUCUUAGCUACUGUGCUACAAGCUCUGGUCCAAAUUCUCCAACCUUAGGGAAACAUUCGAGAGAUGGGGACAUUCUUAAUCCAGCCAGCUCCCAGAACGAAGAUCACGUGAAGGACAACACUUCAGAUAGAUGUGUUUGGAUUCCAAAAACAUUAAGGAUUGAUGAUCCAAGUGAAGCAGCAAAGAGCUCCAUAUGGGCAACAUUAGGCAUUAAGAAUGAAAAGGGAAAUUGUACUAAUGAGGGAGGUCUCUUCCAGGCAUUUCAAUCAAAGGGAGACGAGAAAAAUCAUGUGGUUGAAGCAUCUCCAGUGCUGCAAGCCAAUCCUGCAGCCUUGUCCCGGUCACUGAACUUCCAUGAGAGAACAUGAUCACAGCUGAAGUUAGAGUUGUGAACUUUCACAAGGUGAUGGGAGGGAGUUUACCUCCCUGCCACCUUUUGCUGCUGACAAAUUUUACCAUAAGCCAAUAUUGUUGAUCACCCUUGGUGCUGGAACUUCUUUCCUAGAAGUUACAGCAUACAACCGAUAAUCACUUUGUAGGAGAGCAAAGCUGUUUCUGACUAGAUCAUAUAGACUUCUUAUUUUUGGGUUAAAUCUGUGUAACAUUAUGGACAGGUAUUUUUUAUUUUCACCUUA